AUGGCAGGACGUCGCCCUUCCGAGACCAGUGCUCUCCUCAGUGAACAUGGGAUUGACGACAUACGAAAAUCCAUAGCCCAGGUCGACCAACGGCUUUAUGGUACUGCUACGGACGAUGAUACAGCUCUUGACAAGAAUGAGGACCUCGAGACCAAUUGGAAGACCGAAACCGGUCUUCUAGCUCGAUACUCUGGGCCCCUGAUACUGACCUAUGUGCUACAAUACUCUUUCAGCCUGGUCACUGUCCUGGUAGCUGGUCGUUUAGGCACGAAAGAGCUUGGAGCGGCGUCGCUCGCGACCAUGACGGCCAACAUCACGGGUCUAUGUGUCUACGAAGGACUGGCCACGAGCUUAGACACGCUGACUUCUCAGGCAUUCGGCAAUGGGAAAAAGCAGUUGGUGGGGCUACACGUCCAGCGCAUGUGUAUGUUGGUAUGUGUUGUGACAAUUCCAAUUGGCGCUGUCUGGGUGUGCUCACCAUGGAUUCUAUCUGCGCUGGUGCCGGAGAAGGACGAAGCUGUCUUGGCCGGCACUUUCAUGAGGAUUUAUCUGAUGGGGGCUCCCGCCUGGGCGAUAUUUGAAGCCGGAAAGCGGUUGUGCCAGGCUCAAGGUGACUUUACUGCGUCGCUCGCCGUAAUCGCCUUCUGUGCCCCCUUGAACGUGCUGUGGAACUGGCUCCUUGUCUUUCAUUUCGAAUUGGGCUUUGCAGGCGCUGCCUGGGCCGUUGUGAUCUCCAACAACCUCCAACCCAUUGUUUUGGCUAUCUACAUACGAUAUUUUGCGCCGUCAAACCUCCAGUGUUGGCCCGGGCUAGAGCCUCGUCGAGCGUUCCAGAACUGGGGCCCAAUGAUCAAAUUGGCCAUUCCUGGAGUGCUCAUGACUUUUUCCGAGUGGCUGGCCUUUGACAUUCUUACCAUUGCCGCCGGCCAUCUGGGCGCAGCCAACCUAGCGGCUCAGUCAGUUCUGAUGACCGUGGUGGUCACCAUAUACCACAUUCCCUUCCCGAUCUCGAUCGCUGCGUCGACCCGAUUUGGCAAUCUGAUCGGGUAUGGAGCCUUGAACGCGGCUCGCACGGCGUGGAGGACACAUUAUCUGAUCUUCAUGUGCAUUGGCACAUUUGACGUGAUCGUGCUAACUUCAUGCCGACAUAUUAUUGCAGCCGUUUUCACCACCGACGAGACUGUCCGCGCAGUCGUCUCUUCGGUCCUUCCCAUCACGGCCGCCGCACAAUUCUUCGACGCCCUUUUGGCCAUUUCCAACGGGCUGUUGCGUGGCCUGGGAAGACAGAAGGUAGGCGGCUGGGUCAAUCUCGGGGUCUAUUACCUUUUCGCCCUGCCACUGUCGUUCCUUUUGACAUUCGGGCCGCCACACAUGGGCUUAGGGGGGCUGUGGAUUGGCCCAUGUUUGGGUCUGGCUGUUGCGAGCAUCAUGAUGGCAACAUACAUGCGUUUGACAGACUGGCAGAAAGCCGUCGACGAUGCUCGGGAGCGGGAGGAGUGA